GGAGAAAGUGCUGCUCUCCCGUGUCACUUGGCCGGCGGCGGGGGGACCAUGGCGUUGAAGGACACGGGCAGCGGCGGCAGCACCAUCCUGCCCAUUAGCGAGAUGGUCUCCUCGUCCAGCUCGCCCGGCGCGUCUGCAGCCGCCGCCCCGGGGCCCUGCGUGCCCUCUCCCUUCCCCGAGGUGGUGGAGCUGAACGUGGGAGGUCAGGUCUAUGUGACCAAGCACUCGACGCUGCUCAGCGUCCCGGACAGCACUCUGGCCAGUAUGUUCUCGCCCUCCAGCCCCCGGGGCGGCGCCCGACGCCGGGGAGAGCUGCCCAGAGACAGCCGGGCGCGCUUCUUCAUCGACCGGGACGGCUUCCUCUUCAGGUACGUGCUGGAUUAUCUGCGGGACAAGCAGCUCGCGCUGCCGGAGCACUUUCCCGAGAAGGAGCGGCUCCUGCGCGAGGCCGAGUACUUCCAGCUCACCGACCUGGUCAAGCUGCUGUCGCCCAAGGUCACCAAGCAGAACUCACUCAACGACGAGGGCUGCCAGAGCGACCUGGAGGACAACGUCUCCCAGGGCAGCAGCGACGCGCUGUUGCUGCGUGGGGCAGCGGCAGCCGCGCCCUCGGGCCCAGGAGCGCACGGCGGCAGCGGCGGCGGCGGCGGCGCGCCGGACAAGCGCUCGGGCUUCCUCACGCUCGGCUACCGCGGCUCCUACACCACGGUGCGCGACAACCAGGCGGACGCCAAGUUCCGGCGUGUGGCGCGCAUCAUGGUGUGCGGGCGCAUCGCGCUGGCCAAGGAGGUCUUCGGGGACACGCUCAACGAGAGCCGCGACCCAGACCGGCCGCCCGAGAAGUACACGUCCCGCUUCUACCUCAAGUUCACCUACUUGGAGCAGGCGUUCGAUCGCCUGUCCGAGGCUGGCUUCCACAUGGUGGCGUGUAACUCCUCGGGCACCGCCGCCUUCGUCAACCAGUACCGCGACGACAAGAUCUGGAGCAGCUACACUGAGUACAUCUUCUUCCGACCACCUCAGAAGAUAGUGUCACCUAAACAAGAACAUGAAGAUAGGAAACAUGACAAAGUCACAGAUAAAGGCAGUGAAAGUGGGACUUCCUGUAAUGAGCUCUCCACUUCCAGCUGUGACAGCCACUCAGAGGCGAGCACUCCCCAGGACAACCCACCCAAUGCCCAGCAGGCGACAGCUCACCAGCCCAACACCUUAACAUUGGAUCGCCCUUCCAAAAAAGCACCUGUGCAAUGGAUGCCCCCACCCGACAAACGCAGAAACAGUGAACUCUUUCAGACACUCAUCAGCAAGUCCCGGGAAACAAAUCUGUCCAAAAAGAAAGUCUGUGAGAAGCUAAGUGUGGAAGAAGAAAUGAAAAAGUGUAUUCAGGAUUUUAAAAAAAUCCACAUUCCAGAUUAUUUUCCAGAGCGCAAACGCCAGUGGCAAUCUGAACUGUUGCAGAAGUACGGGUUAUAGUAAUAGUCACAUUCCUGCAGUAUUUCAAUGACAUUCGAUGUUCACUACGGUGUCGCCACCUGACUAUAUCCUAACAACGGUCAGUGUGAUUCUUGCUGCUCUUCCUUUUUGUGAACAGUGGAUGUGGGACAGUAUUUUCUUUCAUUCUUUUUUGUUGUUGUUGUUGUUUUUAGAAGUAUGAU